AAUAAAUGUCAGAAAGAAUUUAAAUGAGUUCGAAAAUUGAAAGUUUGAAGUUUCUUACUUCUUUUCCAUAGGUUUAAUGAAAUUCCUGAAAGUUAUUGUUUCAGCUUGUUGGCAUCUGUAAUUCUGUAGUGGCAAACUAAUUUUAUUUAGUGAUUUGUGUGAAGAAUUUACCUUUGGUGGUGUUUUUUUUUGCUGUUUCUAAGAUGUUGCUUCUCGGAGACCUUUUCCCUAACUUUACAGCAAACACGACUGAAGGGGAAAUAGAUUUUCAUGGAUGGCUUGGUGACUCGUGGGGUAUUUUAUUUUCUCAUCCUUCUGACUUCACCCCAGUUUGUACAACAGAGCUUGCAAAGGUGAUGCAUUUAAUGCCUGAAUUCGCUAAGCGCAAUGUUAAAGUGAUUGGAUUAUCAUGUGAUAGUGUUUCGUCUCAUGUAGAGUGGUGUGCAGACAUAAAAAGUUAUGCAGGUUUCUCUGAUGAUAAGGUAUUUCCAUACCCAAUAAUAGAAGACAAAAAUAGGAUCAUUGCUAACAAAUUGGGAAUGGUCGACAAAGAUGAGCUUGAUGCUGCUGGGAUACCAUUGACAGCUCGAGCAGUGUAUGUCAUUGAUCCCAAUAAAAAGUUUAGACUUUCUUUGCUUUAUCCUGCUACUACUGGACGCAAUUUUGAUGAGAUCCUACGUAUAUUAGAUUCAUUGCAGCUUACUGACAAGGCCAAAGUAGCAACACCUGCAAAUUGGAAGAUGGGUGAUGAUUGUAUGGUGCUACCCACGGUGCCGGAGGAUCAAGUGGCUAAGAUUUUUCCGCAGGGAGUGAAUGUGUUGACUUUGCCAUCGGGCAAGAACUACCUAAGGAAGACUUCCUGCCCAAAAAUGUAAUUCCAUACUGUUUUUUUUUCUUAAAUUUAUUAAUUUUUAUCAGUUAAUGUGACUCUGAAUGUUACUUGUUAUCUUUUGAAAUAAAGAAAGUUUAAUUUAAA